AUGUCAAAAUUAUUUGCUGAUGGUGAUGAUUUUAUCAGCUUAGCUCGUUCCUCAAUGUAUUCUAUAUCAUUAUCAAAUUUUUGUUCAGCUAGUUGUAUAAAUAUAGGAAUAGAGAAAAUCAAUACAAUUCCACAUCAAUUUCUUAAAAGAACUACUAUCUUUAAUCAAUAUCCUCUUGUACCACCUGGAAAACAACCACCACCUCAACUCAAUGUCCAACUUUCACCUGUUCCUGAAUAA